UUGCGCUGGCGAUGGUGUGGUUCACCACUUGGUGGCGCCCUAUUCGUAUGCACGUGUGUGUGAUUUUGCAAGAUGGCUGUGAACAGCGAACAAGAAACACACAGGUCAGGGCCAUUUAAACAGCAAAAUAAGACGCAUAAAACAGGUCGACAUCGCAGUAAGGGAAGAAUCGAGACACAAGGGAAAGGUCGUGUGAGCAUCAAGACCCAAUCAAAGAAAAACAGACAUGAAGUCAGCAAAGUUAACAGGAGACACCAAGCCCAGCAGAGAAGACAGCACAAACGUGAGGAAGUAUUAGCCAAGAAACGCAGUAUUGGUGGUCGGGACAGUGCACCCCAUCUUGUGGCUGUGAUUGGCUUACACUCAGCCUGCGAUGUCAAGGGAUUGGUGGAGCAACUUCAAUCAUGUGAUGAAACCUCUGUCCAAUCACCAAGAAACGAUGAAAACAUCAGUGACCUCAGUAUCCCGAGGUUCAAGCAUCGCGUGACCUUUCUGACCCCUCCGGCUGACCUGACCUCCAUACUGGAUGCAGCCAAGGUGGCUGACUCCCUCCUGUGUGUUGUCUCACCCUCGGAAUGCUGGGAUAUGUGGGGGGACCUCUGUCUAUCCUGUCUCUUCUCCCAAGGGCUGCCUGCCACAACGGUGGUCACAAGGGGUUUAGAUAAAAUUCCCAUCAAGAAGCGAAACGAAGCCAAGAAAGUUCUUCAGAAAACAGUUGAGAGGAGGUUUGCAGAUGAAAAACUCUACACAUUCGACACAGAACAAGAGGGUUUGCUGUUGCUACGUCACAUGACCGAGCAACGUCUGAGGCCCAUUAAAUGGAGGGACGUCAGACCUCACCUUCUCGCAAGAACUGUGAACUUUGAACCCAAUCAAGACCAGGAAGCUGUAGGAACUCUGAAGGUGACAGGAUUCCUACGUGGUUCUCCCCUGUCAGUGAAUGGUCUGGUCCAUUUACCUGGGCUUGGGUCUUUCCAGAUGAGUCAGAUCGAUGUGACACCCGACCCUUGCCCUCUGACCUCUAGGGCACCAAAGAAAAAGCCCAAAGAAUCAGACAGCAUGGAAGCGGAUGAUGAUGCCAAUCCCAUGGAGCAGGGUGUGGUAGUCUUAGGACGAGCCAAUCCUUCCAUGCAGGAGAGCCUAGACAGUGAGGCAAUCCCGGAUCCCAUGGAAGGAGAACAGACCUGGCCAACAGAGGAAGAACUAGCCCAAGCAGAAGCUGCUUUAAAAGAAGCCAACACCACCACGACCAAAAAGCGAGUACCGAAAGGAACCUCUGAAUACCAGGCAGCUUGGAUUAUUGACAGUGAUCAUGAAGACCAAACAUCGGAUGAAGAUGACAAUGAUGAUGAUGAUGAGGAUGACGAUGACGAUGAUGAUGAUGAAUUUCAAGAUGCCAUGUCUCAAGUUGACAGUGAUGAUGGUAGACUUGCCCCUAGUCAAGCCGGCACUGAUAUGGAAUAUGACACAAUUAGUAUCACUGAGGGCAACAAAGCUAAUUAUGAUGCUGAUUAUGACGAGGAACAAGAACAAGUAAUGCUUGAAAAAUACCGAGAAGAACGUAUGCAAGUCAUGUAUCCUGACGAAGUGGAUACGCCCAUGGACAUACCAGCAAGGCAACGAUUCGCUAGGUUUCGGGGACUGAAGAGCUUCCGCACAUCACCCUGGGACCCAAAGGAGAACCUACCCCAAGACUACGCUCGCAUCUUCCAAUUUGAGAAUUUCAACCGCACACGCAAACGCAUCCUUGGUGAAGCGAGGGAAAGCGGGGCUCAGACGGGAAGCUACAUUACCAUCCACAUAACCAAUGUCCCUCGCAGCUUUAUGGAUGACUUUAAACCAAGCAAUCCACUCGUCGUAUUUGGCCCUCUACCCCACGAACAAAAGAUGUCAGUGAUGCAUUUAGCAAUCAAGCGUUAUCACAACUUCACAGAGCCGGUAAAAUCCAAGGAGCGACUGAUCUUCCAAGUUGGUUUCAGGCAGUUCUCAGCUUGCCCGAUCCUGUCACAGCACUCAAACGGUGACAAACACAAGUAUAUCCGUUUCCUGCCCAAGGAUGACAUCGUCGUAGCAACAGUGUAUGCCCCCGUUGCAUUCCCUCCAGCCACUGUCAUGGUGUUCAAGGAAAAUAUGGAUGGAAGUCACUGUCUAGUAGCCACCGGUUCCCUGCUGACAGCUAACCCAGAUCGCAUCAUCGCUAAGAAGGUUGUUCUGAGCGGACAUCCAUUCAAGAUCAUCAACAAGCAGGCUGUGGUCAGAUACAUGUUCUUCAACAGAGAGGACAUACUGUGGUUUAAGCCAAUAGAGCUGCACACCAAAUGGGGCCGUCGUGGACACAUCAAAGAACCAUUGGGAACUCAUGGUCACAUGAAGUGUAUCUUUGACGGCAAGUUGAAAUCACAGGACAUGGUGUUGCUUAAUCUGUACAAGCGUGUGUACCCCAAAUGGACAUACGACCCCGUGGGCACACAGACUCUUAAUAUCUCAGCAAGCAUGAUGGGCGAUUCCAAGCAGGCGGACGAUGGCAACGACAACAUGGAGUGAAUCGACCAAUCAGAUAACAGAAAAGCGGUUACCAUGGUAUCUCUUAAGUUCCGUUAAACACACUUAUCAGUCAAGCAUUAAUUUAAAUUGCCACAUCAAGUACACAUUUAAAUGUGAAAGUUUGGGGGACAAAAUGAGAACUUUUUGCAAAACGUUUAGCGAAAAUUUGACUGUCACUCCAUUAUUUAUUUGACAUGUUCGGUUACACAAUAAAAGUCUUUGUAAUGAUAAUAUUGUCGUUUGUACAAAAUUACAAGGCAGUGUAAAAACAUACACAGAGUUGCUUAAUAGUGCACAUGCACGUGUAAGUUUAGUGAAAAAUACUUCUACUUUUCAGCAAAUGUUUUUCUUGCAUUUUGUUACACAUAAAUAUCGCCAAAUGAAAUCACUAGAGGUAAUACAUUGCAAACAGCCUAUGCUCACUACCAAGCAACACAUUUGUGAUUUUCUUACAAGUGAUGAACAGUAUUUAAGAUAAAGGCUUACAUCUUAAAGAUUGUUAUUUUGUCAAAUCUUCAUGGAUUUAAUCCUGUAAAGGAGAUAUUAUUUUAAAGAAAGGGAAACAGAA